AUGAUAAGCACUUCCAAUAACGACCAACAUGAUUUAUUCAGUAAUAGUAAUGAAGUAUUAGAAUUCAGUCGAUGUAUUUAUUAUAUUGUUGCCUAUUAUGCAUUACAAGCUGCAUGCAUUGCACUGCUAUUGCCAUACACAUUAUUUCGUAUAAACUGUAAAGAAAAUAUGCAUUUAUACUCUUGUGAUAAUCCGGCUGUUUGUCCAAAUGGCGUUCGAGCAUGUCAGGCUUUUCUCAAUGCCCAUAAACAAGCUCGUGCGAGCGUUAUGGGUAAUUUAUACAGUAAAGCAAAACGUGCAAUAAUUAUGAGGACAAUUGGAAAAAAAACUUAUAAACAAAAUAUAUUACCAAUUCGAAUUAAUGAAUUAGAUGCAAAAAUUGAAAAUCGAGCAACAACAUUAGAUGAAAAAUCACCAGCUGUUCUCAAAUAUAGAACACCACAUUUCAAGGCUACAGCUACUGUUAAAUUUCCACCAUUAGAAUCUGGUGAGCAUUGGAAAAUUGGAUGGAUUCAAGCUUGUACUCGAAUGGAAUUCUAUAACUCUUAUGGUGAACAUGGCUAUUCUAGUUGGGAAUUUCCGCAAUUAAUGUCCGGUGAUAAACCUAUGAUAUCUGAUAGCGACGGCAGGAACUAUCCCUGGUACGGAUCAAAAUCUGAAGUAAUCGAAGUUCAAGGUCCAUGCGAUGAUUAUACACUAAUUAAAGUUAACAUGAACGAUAAUUUUUAUCCACACAUAACAUGGGACAUACCCACAUCGAAUGAACGUCUGUCUCGUUUAACACAUGUAGCGCGUAAUCAGCAAUUUUAUACGUGGCUGGUAGCGAUGGAUGCUAUUAACGGUAGUAUUCUUGUUCUAAAAACGAUUCGUUGGCAAAUGAAAUUAGAAAUAGGCAUUGAUCCUCUAAAACCCCAAGGAUCUCGAGCAAAAUUAAUCAGUGAUCCGGCACCUGAACAACCAGAAAUAUUAAAACAAAAUGUUAGAAUUCCUACAUGCAUUCUCUAUCCACCAAAUGUAUGUAUAAUGUUUUCGUUUAAAUUGACUUGCGCUAAUAGCGCUCAAAUUCUUGUCUGGCAUCCCUUGUGUCGUCUUGGCGAAAUAUCACGUAGACCAGAGAUUGUCGUACCACCCCGAUGUAUGGUUAUAUUAGAUCAAAAUCCAUUUUAUUCUAAUUAUAUUCGACAUAAGACUCAUACGAGUAUUCAAAAUAAACUAAAUGGUGGUGGCAGUUCUUCAGCUAGUGGUCACGGCAGUGGUUCAUCGUCUUCGUCAUCUGAAUCACCACCGAGAAAUAUACAUUCGACAAAAUCUAGCGGAAACGAUAAAACAACAGCUCGUAUCAUGAUGAAUGCGAACACAAAAACUACUACAACUAAAACUAGUCUGUACAUUCCAACGAACUCUAGUCAUACAAAUCAUUCUACUCAUCAACAGGAGCGAAUUAUUUCAGCGACAUCUCUCGUAGGCAAUAGUAGAUGUUACACAGGAAUGAAGCAAAUAAUUAAUCAUCAUUCUAUGUCAUCUAAUGGUGUUAUGGUGCGGUAG